AUGUAUGCACAGGUUUGCACUCGUCCUGACAUUGCCUUCAUUGUCAAUGCUCUUGGGCGUUAUCAGUCUAAUACAGGGAGAAGACAUUGGGUUCCUGCUCAGAAAGUAAUGAGGUAUUUGAAGAAGACAAGAGAUUAUAUGUUAGUGUACAGAAAAGUUGAUGAUCUUGAGGUGAUUGGUUACUCAGACUCAGACUUUGGUGGAUGUCCUGACGAUUUGAGGUCUACUUCUAGUUUUAUCUUCAUGUUAGCAGGGGGUGUAAUAUCUUGGAAGAGUGUGAAGCAGACCUUUACAACAUCUUCGACUAUGUAA